ACAAGAGCUUCAAGUCGGCAUGUAAAUACGGUGGCACAUCCGUACGAGAUUCUUGUAACUACUUUGGAAAAACUUUAUCAACUAAAUGGCUGUCCGGAUAAAUUCUUUAGAAAUAUAAGGAGAAAAAAUGAGACUAUUUCCGAGUCUCCGUCAUGUUGACAAGUUCAGGACUGUUUUCGAUUUUGGUGGACGGGAGGUGGCUCAUUGGUUCCCGGGACACAUGGCCAAAGGGCUCAAGCAAAUGAAAGCCAGCCUGAAGAGCGUGGACUGCAUUGUAGAAAUACAUGAUGCCAGGAUCCCUUUAUCUGGAAGAAACCCUUUAUUUCAGAACACACUUGACGUCCGCCCACAUAUUCUUGUUCUCAACAAGAUGGAUUUGGCCGAUCUGUCCAACAAGCAGAAGAUUUUGAAGAAACUUGAAAGAGAUGGGGUAAAGAAUGUCCUGUUUACAGACUGUUUAAAGCAGGCUGACAACAGCAUUAAAAAGGUGAGAACGUUUAAAACAUUAGUUAUAAAGUCACCGUUUCUGUUGCCUGAUGAGGUUUCUUUUCUACAGCUGGUACCAACGGUGCUGGAAAUUCUUGAGAACAAACCACGAUUUAACCGGGAUGAGAAUAUAGAUUACUGCAUGAUGGUGAUUGGAGUUCCCAAUGUUGGAAAAUCAUCUCUCAUCAACGCGCUGAGAAGGACAAAUUUGAAAAAAGGGCGGGCAUCUCGAGUGGGUGGGGAGCCCGGUAUAACUAAAGCUGUUCUGACUAAAAUUCAGGUGAGCGAAAGGCCCAAAAUGUAUCUGCUGGACACACCUGGAGUAUUACCCCCUAAAAUAGAGAGUGUAGAAACAGGCAUGAAGCUGGCUUUAUGUGGAACGAUACUGGAUCACUUAGUGGGUGAAGACAUAAUUGCGGAUUAUUUACUCUACUCUUUGAACAAGCUGAGGAAUUUCAGUUAUGUGGAGAAAUAUGAGCUUCAAGAACCCAGCGAUGACAUCCAGCUCGUCCUGAAACGGAUUGCUGUGAAACUGGGGAAGACUCAGCGGGUCAAGGCUCUCACCGGAGUGGGAAAUAUUACGGUUACCAUCCCAAACUACACGGCAGCAGCUUACGACUUCAUCAGAGCCUUCAGGAAAGGAGAUCUGGGACAAGUCAUGCUGGACUGACGAGACCUGUAGUCCUGCUCUUCACCUCCCAGGACGGAUUCUGCUUCUGUCUCCAUGUGUGGCUGUCAGCGGACCUGCAGCAUGUUAAUAAUAACCAACAUUCUCCUUGUUUUAUGCUUCUUUUUUCAACCAGGCAAGCAAGGCAGCAGUUUGACAGAAUAAACAGGAUAUUUAUUAGCAUAAAGACAGUGAUAACAAACUUUAUUAUGUACACAAGUGUUUGCAGGUUAUAAUGGAGUGCAAUUAUAGCUUUGGAACAGUCUGCUCCUGAGUGCAGAGGAAGUCUGCUGGGGGGGAAUAUGAAAUAAUAAAUAAAGAUAUGAAUACGGUUCAAUUCCAAGUGUUACAAAAUCUUUAAAAAACCUGUAAAUCUGAUUUUUUUUGUUCUUUGACUUCAUAAGGAAAUGUCACCAUCACACAGACAGCCUAACAUGUUUUAAAGGGAAAGGUAAUGAUGUCUGAGGCUGUAAAUUAUAAAAACUAUUCUUAAGAAAAAGUAGCUGAUGGGGGGGUUACAGUUUAAAGAAAGAAAUAAAAGAUGCUGGUGAUUUUUUUCUUCGUCUUGUAAUUCAGUUUUUAACAAAUCACUUCUUUAAAACCAUAAAAGUGAAUGAACUGUGUUAAAUAUGAAAAUGGUGAAAUAUAUUCCAGUAGGUUGGCAGUGGAGUGUUUUUUUAACUGAAGCUUUUUUCCCCUUUUACUGGAAAUAAAAAUCUGACAAAUUUGAGGUGAAAUGUGAGAGGAAUGUACAUUUUCCUUACUGGUAUAAAUGGUUUUGUGUAAAAACA